AUGGAUUGGACUGGUGGAACGCGUCGCCGUUACGCGUCAAAUACGAAGAAGAGUGCGGUCCUACAGAAGCAGAAGGCGCACUUUGCCAAAGUACGCGCCAGUGGAGCAGCGCAUUCGCCCCACGCGGUGCCAGACUUCAUUCGCCAGGCUAUGUCAGCGAAAGACAAUGCCGAACACCAGCGGCGAGACGAAGGGGUAGGUGAAAGCGGCCGUGGCUCAGUGUCUGCCGGUUCUCAGCAGUCAGCCGCCGACCGAUACAGCAACACUUCUAACCAGCAUACGACAACAAACAGGACGCGUUUGAUCACGCGAAAGAGACUACGCGACAGCGUUACACCUGAAGAUCCCGAGGGACUGGCAGGAGCGCUGGCAGCUGAUAUGACAGAUGAGGCCCGCCGGCUUCGUGCCAGCCGCCACCACUUGCUUUCUCGCAGAGAUUGGCUCGGACUCGCCGCUGCGAGACCACUAAGGAUGAAGUUUCCCAAGAACCGGGACAGUGAGAGGGUCGGAAAGCGACGCAAGGUGAAGAGACCUCGCCAUCAUGUCCAGGUGGCCCGCCACAAGCCAGUCACGCCUCCCUUCCAGCACCAACAGCACCUCUUCGAGCCCAUGAUGAGUGGUGCCAUACAGAAUCACGAUAUCCACAUAAAGAUUGGCACAGAUGCAUUCGCGAGUCAGACUCAGCGCUCUCGAACGGUCCACACUCCUGUCAAUACGAGCUUGCGCCAUUUGUCCACAGAGUUUGGGCCGCUUUCUGAAGAACCCAUGCUCAUGGACGAAGAGGACGCGAGCUUUCUCAAUGAAAUGGAAAUUUUCGGCCUUGGAAGUCCUGAGAUUGCCACAGCUAUCGACGAGCAACGCGCUUACGCACCAGCGGAAUGGAGCCAGAGCGAAGGAAUUGCAGCAGCUACUAGUGCACAGUAUCCACCAUCUAUGCAGAUAAGCGAUGAGCAGUCACUGAGGGUAGCACGCCAAGUCGCACCAGUUGUUCCGUAUAUGACUUUUGAUGACACAAACUGGAAAGAGCGUUGGGAAGAACCUAAACACUCGGUUGUGGCAGACCAAGGAACGAUGGCUCCAGAGGGCGUGCCCUCGACUUCACGGCCACCAUUACGACCGGCAGAAUCUCCUUCACAUGACUUUGAAGACGGUGGUGUGGAAGAAUUGCGCUCGCGGUCAGACGAGAAAGAUUGGUCGCCGAAGUCGAUAUAUGCCGAGCCCGAUAUGCCAACCCGAACAUCAAUGAAAGCGGUGCUAUCGCCCACCUUCCGUCUCUUCCAACCGGCACUGAGUUUGGAACCUCAUCAGCACUGGGUCGGAGGCUCGAAACCGGUUGUGGCCUCGUCGGGCGUCGUCCGCAAGAUAUCACACAGAAAUGAGAGGCCACAGCAGAUGCUGUUUGAUUGUGACGACCUCGUAAAUACCAAUGCGAACGCAGCUCCCGCGCCACAGAUACUUCACUCGAUCGUUGAUACGAACGACAUCACCACACGAGCUUCUGGCCAAAGCAAUGAGCUUGACGAUGCAUUCUGGCGUCGAGCUAUUACUGGAACCCGGGCCUCAGACAGCGAGUCGUCGGUUUUCAACAGCAAUGCCAAUGUGGGGCGCUUGCUGAACGCGGAUGCCUCGAUCCGCUAUGAUCAGCUUCCACACGUUGCCCCUGACCAUUUACGCUCCGAUAGGGUCACUGCAGGAGGCUCAACAGUCGCGGCUCACGCUUUGACAGCUUGCUCUGAUUCAACUUCUUCUCCCGACUUCGGUGGCAGAACCUCAAUAAUUGCACAUCCAAAUACAGUGCGACCAGACGAUGAUACCAUCGAUUGCAAUCUCCCAUCUGAACAAGGAGAGGAAUGCAACAACAACAUUCAUGCCUCGCCACGGUUGGUCAAGCCUCCGCGUUUCAAGCAGACUCGGCGAUCACAGCCCAGAGUGAACCUAGAGCCAAAGCGACUGACAAAAUCAACAAAAGCUCCCACAGGAGCCCAGAAGAAUUCCGUGUACGAUCUACCUAGCACCUUCUGCUGA